CAGUCCGGCCGCGCAUCCUCGCUCCCGCCGGCGCCCGCCCGGUGCUCGGGGCGGCAUGAAGCUGCGGGGCUGCGCUCCCCGGGGUCCCCCCGUCGGCCCCGCGGGGACCCCAGACCCGCGUCGCCGGGCGCCCCCCGGCCGCAACCCCUUCGUGCACGAGCUGCGCCUCGGCGCCCUCCGCAAGGCCCAGGUGACCCUGAUGACGGUGACCAUCUUCCCUGUGCGCCUGCUGCUGGCCGUCCUCAUGAUGCUGCUGGCCUGGCCACUGGCCUUGGUGGCCUCCCUGGGGCCCGAGGACCAGGAGCCAGAGCAGCCUGAGGCCUGGUGGCGGAGGCUGGUGGACGUGCUGCUGCGGGCGCUGAUGAGAGCCAUGUGGUUUGCGGGCGGCUUCCACCGUGUGGUGGUGAAGGGGCACCAGGCGCCCCCGUCCGAAGCCACCAUCCUCACACUGGCCCCACACUCGUCCUACUUCGAUGCCAUUCCCGUCACCAUGACCAUGUCCUCCAUUGUCAUGAAGGCCGAGAGCAGGGACAUCCCGGUGUGGGGAACUCUCAUCAAGUACAUCCGACCCGUGUUGGUGUCACGCUCCAACCAAGACUCACGCAGGAAGACGGUGGAGGAGAUUCGCCGGCGGGCGCAGGCGGGUGGGAGGUGGCCACAGAUCAUGAUCUUUCCUGAGGGCACCUGCACCAACAGAACUUGCCUCAUCACCUUCAAGCCAGGCGCCUUCAUCCCAGGGGUCCCUGUGCAGCCUGUGGUCCUGCGAUACCCCAACUCACUGGACACCAUCACAUGGACGUGGCAAGGACCCGGCGCGCUCAAGAUACUGUGGCUUACCCUGUGUCAGCCCCACAGCCGGGUGGAGAUCGAGUUCCUGCCUGUGUACAGCCCCUCAGAGGACGAGAAGCGAGACCCUGCCCUCUAUGCCAGGAACGUGAGGCGCGUCAUGGCUGACGCGCUGGGCGUCCCCAUCACUGACUACACCUUCGAGGACUGCCAGCUGGCCCUGGCGGGGGGCCCGCUCCGCCUCCCGGCCGACACCUGCCUCCUGGAGUUUGCACGGCUGGUGCGGGGCCUGGGGCUGAAGCCCGAGAAGCUGGAGCUGGAGCUGGAUCAGCUCUCCGAGGACGCGCGGCGGGGGCCCAGCCUGGACCUGUCCGGCUUCGCGGCCUUCCUGGGUCUCCCUGUCUCGGAUGCACUGGAGGACGUGUUCUCCCUAUUUGAUGAGGCUGGACGCGGCAAGGUGGACCCUCGGGAGUGCGUGGUGGCACUGUCUGUCGUCUGCCGACCGGCCAAGCCCCUGGCCACCAUGCAGCUGGGCUUCCAGAUGUACGGGGCCCCCGAGGAUGGCAGCCUGGAGGAGGGAGCACUGGGCAGUGUCCUCCAGAGUGCCCUGGGCGUGGCCCAGCUCAGCAUGGCCAGGCUCUUUCGUGCCAUGGACGAGAGGCAGCACGGCCGGGUCACGUUUGCUGACUUCAGCAGGUUCGUGGAGCUGCACCCCGACUUUGUGGGGGAGUACCUGUACCCCCAGGGGCCAGGGCUCAAGGGCUGUGCGCAGGACCCGCCGGCCCCCACCCCCAAUGGCUUCUGCGCCGACUUCAGCCCCGAGGGUCCGGGUGCGGACAAGAAGCCGCUGUGGAAGAAGCUGGACUAGGACAGGAGGCCCCGACCGACCGGCCUGGGGGCUGCACCUCUCCUAGGCCAGUCCAGAGCCAGGGGCCACCACGCCUACACAGUUCUCACUGCCAGCCGAGGCUGGGGGCAUGGGCUCCCUCCCUGUCCCAGGGGGCUGCCCCCCGGUUUUGCCGUCUCCCUGUGGCAGGAGUCCACGGCCUUUUGUGACCUCAUUUAGAUAUCUCCGGAACAUUCCACGUUUUUUUAAAGACAAGCGUUUUUCUACUUCCCUUCGGGCCUCAGAAGCUUCCUCAGGCCUCUCGGGGCCUCCCAUCCCCAUCUCCCUCCCGCCCAGGCUGAUGAGCCGCGAGGUGACCGGCAUAGGGUGGCCACCCCAAGGCACAGAAGGAGACGUCCUGCCUGCACAUGAAGGCCCCUCCCCUGGGGCCCGACGCAGCUGUGGACGGAUGUCCCCCUCCAUGUCCCUCUGCCCAGCAGUGGGGUUCUGCUGUGAAUGUACAUAAUUCAGGGGGCACCCUCAGGCUGGCGGCUGAGGGGUAAAUAAAAGCUUCUGGCUGA